AUGUUUGCUGCUUCCAUGAGAACACUAAUCUCUCCAUCUCUCGCGCCUUUCUCUCUUCACCUCCCUAAACCUGCUCUCUUCUCUACGGUUCUCCGCGCCUCCCACUAUUCUCUCACCAAUCUCCGCUUCCCGGUGAACAGAUUCCCAAUCGGCUCGCCUCCUUCCGCGGUUUCCAGCAGGGACUUACAGACGGAGGCGGCAUCUCACUCGCUCUCCUCCUCCUUCUCUUCUCCCGGAGAGAUACACGUCGUCGUCGGUCCAAUGUUCUCCGGGAAAACAACGACGCUUCUCCGCCGUAUGCUCGCGGAAAGGGAAACCGGGAAAAAGAUAGCGGUUAUCAAAUCGGAUAAAGACACGAGGUACUGCGUUGAAUCGAUUGUGAGCCACGACGGUGAGAAAUUCCCUUGCUGGGCUCUUCCGGAUUUAUCGUCGUUCAAGGAGAGAUUCGGAUUAGAUGCUUAUAAGAAUCAGCUGGAUGUGAUUGGGAUCGAUGAAGCUCAGUUCUUCGGAGAUCUCUACGAGUUUUGCAGGGAAGCUGCUGAUAAGGAGGGCAAAACGGUAAUUGUAGCUGGAUUGGACGGAGAUUAUCUGCGGAGGAGGUUCGGGUCGGUGCUGGAUAUAAUUCCGAUUGCGGAUACGGUGACGAAGCUGACGUCACGGUGCGAAGUGUGUGGGAAGAGAGCUUCGUUUACGCUGAGGAAGACGGAUGAGAGAGAGACGGAGAUCAUCGGAGGAGCCGAAGUGUAUAUGCCGGUGUGUCGGAGUCACUAUGUGAGCGGUCAAGGCGUUUUGGAGACCGCUCGCGCCGUUUUAGAUUCUUCCCGCAAAACGCAACGCGCGAUUUAG